AUCUUGGUGCCGCGGAAUCAAUCAAUCGUCACCGUCCGUCCCCCGACACGUUCGCUUCAAUCUUUCAUUAAUUCAAGAUAACCACGGCUUAUCCCUUCCUCCACACCACACACCCCUAAAAUCGUCAAUCAUGGCUCUCUUCGGCUCCGAUAACUCCGCCGCCUCCUCCAGCCCCUCCACCAGCCAGGAGGUCAAGGACUCUCUCAUCCGUCAAGUCCAGCAAGAGGCCGCUAUGAGCAACGCCCGGAGCUUGAUCGGCAAAGUUAACGAGCACUGCUUCGAAGCCUGCGUGCCUACGCCGGGCUCCUCCCUCUCGACCAAGGAAUCCACCUGCCUGUCGCAAUGCAUGGAGAAGUACAUCGGCUUCUGGAACGCCACUAGCCGCGCCUACAUCAGCCGCGUCUCCAAGGAGUCUAAGAAAGCCGGCGGCGCCGACUUGUCCGGCCUCUCGCUGUAAUUCCUAUCUACCUUACCCGCAGAGAAAAUGAAGAAAAGUGAGAGAGGGAUAGAGAUUAUUUUUUACAACACAAACAGAGGCGGAGGGAGAGUAUAUAAUUGUACGCACAAUUGAAAGAAGGGGGUUGUGUAUGUUGUAGUGUUGAAUGGAAUACUCCGGAGAUCGAUCCCUGCGCCUCGCCCCGUCUCGCCUUCAGGGAAGUUUUGCAAGGAGCAUUUGAUUGUGGCGGGGGAUCUUUGUUUUGUGGUUGUAGGAUAUAUGGUAUGCUCAUUAGAGAGGGUUGGACCAGGUGGUGGGGCAGCUUCAAAAGAAAGAAAUCGUCUCUUU